GACACUCCCCCACAAAAUCUGCAGCCGCUCGCCUGGGGAGGGGAGGAGAGUUUGCUGACCCCGGGUUCAAUUCCACCCCCUCCCUACGCCAGAACCAGUCGUGAACCCGAUUCGCUCCUCUCUCUUCCCCAAAGGCACUGCUUGGUUAACCAAGAAUCGUGGCAGCAGAGGAAGCUGAAAGUGAAUGAAGUCAACAAGUUUUUGCAUCUCCUGUCUUAGCGCAUAGUCUCGCUGCAACUCUUUUAUUUUAAUACAUCCAUUAAUUUCUUCCGAAAACUAUACCGAAUUUUUUUUAGAUACACGCAAUGUUGAAGAUCUUAACUAAAAAGAUGAGAGCCCAAACGCUGAACGAGAUCCAACCUUUUCACGUUAAGAUAUCGUACUCGGCAAGUGAUGAGGAGACCAGCGAUGGGUCGGAAGGCGAGAAUCGGGAACUGGUGUUAAUCAACCAAGAGAGCCGAAGGAAUUGCUGUUUAUCGCCAUUCUCUCCGAGUCGUGUGCAAGGCCUGGAAAACCUGUACAGAGUGCGGACGAUAUUUGACCCACUGGAUUGCGACAGCUCCGAAGAGGAGCUGGAAUGGAUCAACAGGGAGUUCAGGGAGGAGAAGCGCGCCUGGUCCCAGAUGACCAGACUCGGUCGCUAUAGCGAUACCGCAUCCUCCAGCGAUGAGGAGGUCAAGGACUUGUGCAACAUGGCCUUCAAGCCAGUGAGCCAGGUGGAGCAGAAGUGCAGCCCGGUGGCUUUCAGCGCCACCCCUCCGAAGAGACUCCACCCCUUGGUUCGAAGACCAGUUGGGCAGGUAAUAUUGGCCUCGGUGGAUCAGGCAAUGCCCUGCAAGAGGCAUCGACAGGGGCAAGCCGAUAGCUACAGCCGGCCCAGCUUGGAUUUGGAGAAAAUGCAGCAGAAGAUGUUAAUGAAGAAAAACUGUGGGUCCAAAACAAGAGUUAUCAAAAUCAGAAGAAACUUCCCAAGGUGCUUUACUGAAGUGGCAACAAACAAGCAUUGAAUCUGAUCCGUGGAGGGAGCCUAGAGGAUGGGCCGCCCACAGCCUGCACCUGGCAUCACUGCUCCUGUACAGCCUGGCAACCUUUCCACUCCUUCAGCAUCCUGACUCCCGUGAGCUGCCACCCCAUGGAUGAGCCACUCUUUUCCCACUGGAGAAGGCACUACAGGAACCUCAGGGAAGGCACAGUCAUGGUGAAGAUGGGGUCAGGAUGAGGAGACAGCCCCAUGGGGCAAUCUUUUGUACUUCAGUGGACUGAUGUAUGACGAGGAGCCUGAGGCCUUGAUGCAAGCUGUGACUCUACCACGUUGCUUGUCCAUUGCUGGAGAAUGUGAUAAACACUGGGGCUAGAAAUCACCCACUUGUAUAAGGAUUUAGUUAAAUAAAGGACAUUUUUCUAUGUGAAGCUAUUGGCA